CUUUCAGAUCUCCUUGAGUUCGCCCAUUUGUAACGACAGUUUAUGCACGUCAAUUCUUCUCUCCUCUAAUGCCACGCAUUGCCCCCAAUUUGAGUUUGCCUCGUGCAAUUUGUACGUGUGGUAAACAUCUACGACAUGCUCCCAACCCACGACUCUACUCAUCUGCACCACGAAAAUAUACCAGCGAAGAUAUAGCCAGUCUCUUCGAUAAGCCAACAUGGUCGGUUCGGUCUCUUCUCCCCAACAGCGAUGCCCUUGAGAAAUCGCCAUCAGUCACACCGGAAAAACUUCGCCAUUUACUCCGUCUAUCAGCACUCCCUGAACCACUUGACAAGGAAGAAGAGACAGUGAUGUUGAGAACUCUGGAGUCGCAGAUCCACUUUGUUAAAGAGAUCCAACGUGUCAAUGCCGCCGAUGUAACGCCCCUACGUGCAAUUCGUGAUGAGAGUGACGAAGCUACUAAAGAAGCUACAAUUGGAUUGGAACACCUGAAGGAUGCUUUGGCUAAGGAACAUGUGGUCGGCCGUCGCAAGAAGAUACAGCGCGUUGCCCCUGAGAACGAAGUUAGAGCCGAUAGCGACCAAUGGGAUGGAAAUGCCCUGGGCUCAGCGACAAAAACCAUCGGUAAAUAUUUCGUGGUUCAGAAUCGAGGCUGAAAUAGCGCACUCUCUUUUCUCGCACUGGUGGCUCAGCAAAAGGAGUAUCACAUUAUAGUCUGGGACAUAUAUUGUAUAUAUUUGUGAGACUCAUGUACUCACAAUUAUACUACCUUUCACCCGCCGGAGUUGCACGAAACGGCCUCUCCCAACCCUUCAGGGCCUAUAAAAGGAGAACCGACUCUACAAAUUUGAUCAUCAGCCUGCUGGAUGUUUGCAAAAUUUAGCAUAGCCUGGAGACUUCAGCAGUAAUUCUGCUAUAUCAAAAGAGUCGUAAACAGCAGGAUCUCAUUCCGACCAACAAUAUCCAGAGCCGGGGUAAUCUCACGUUAAGAAAUGGAUAUUUAUACUCGGCAGCCUUGAUGAUGUUAUUACUCUUCUCACGUCUC